GGAAGGGAGCACUACGGCUGCGGGAGCGGUGGCGUAGAGGACACAGAAACUGUUUAUUACAUGAGAGAUGGAUACGGUAUUUGCUCGAAAUAAAGAAGAACAUCCAGAGCCCAUAAAAGCUGAAGUGCAAGGUCAGUUGCCCACUUGGUUGCAAGGGAUACUUCUCCGGAAUGGCCCAGGGAUGCACACAGUAGGGGACACUAAGUAUAACCACUGGUUUGAUGGCUUGGCUCUGCUGCAUAGCUUUACAUUUAAAAAUGGUGAAGUUUACUACAGAAGUAAGUAUCUCCGAAGUGACACAUACAACUGCAAUGUAGAAGCAAACCGAAUCGUGGUGUCUGAGUUUGGAACUAUGGCUUAUCCAGAUCCAUGCAAAAACAUAUUUGCCAAGGCAGUCUCGUAUUUGUCUCACACCAUUCCUGAGUUCACAGACAACUGCCUGAUCAACAUUAUGAAAACUGGGGAUGAUUUUUAUGCUACCAGUGAGACUAACUUCAUCAGGAAAAUUAAUCCACAGACUCUGGAGACAUUAGAUAAGGUUGACUACAGCAAAUAUGUAGCUGUAAAUGUGACAACUUCUCACCCGCACUAUGACAGUGCUGGAAAUGUUCUCAACAUGGGUACUUCAAUAGCUGAUAAAGGGAAGACAAAAUACGUUCUAUUUAAGAUUCCUCCCUCUGUGCCAGAAAAAGAAACGAAGAAAUCUUGUUUUAAAUAUCUGGAAGUGGUAUGCUCCAUCCCUUCUCGCUCUCUGCUCCACCCAAGCUACUAUCAUAGCUUUGGAAUCACAGAAAAUUACAUUGUCUUCGUAGAGCAGCCAUUCAAACUGGAUAUUGUCAAAAUGGCCACUGCUUACAUCCGAGGCGUGAACUGGGCUUCCUGCCUUGCCUAUCAUAAGGAAGAUAAGACUUGGUUUCACUUUGUAGACAAGAAGACUAAAAAAGAAGUAUCCACCAAGUUUUAUACCGACUCCAUGGUGCUUUUUCACCAUGUAAAUGCUUAUGAAGAGGAUGGCCACAUUAUUUUUGAUAUUAUUGCCUAUGCAGACAAUAGCUUAUAUGAUAUGUUCUAUUUAAAAAACCUGAAUAAAGUCUUUGAAGAGAGCGAGAAGCUUACCUCCAUGCCAACCUGUAAACGAUAUGUUGUUCCUCUGCAAUAUGACAAGGAUGCCGAAGUAGGUUCUAAUUUAGUCAGACUUCCAUCUACCGCAACUGCUAUUAAGGAGAAAGACGGCAGCAUCUAUUGCCAACCUGAAAUACUAUGUGAAGGGAUAGAACUGCCUCGCAUCAAUUACGACUAUAAUGGCAAAGAAUACAAGUACAUCUUUGCGACGGAAGUCCAGGGGACUCCAGUUCCUACAAAGGUUGUAAAAUUUAAUAUCCAGACAAAGGAAAUGCUCCACUGGGGAGAAGACCACUGCUGGCCAUCCGAGCCCAUUUUUGUUCCCAGCCCUGAUGCAAGAGAAGAGGAUGAUGGCAUCGUUCUGACCUGUGUUGUGAUGUCUGAUCCAACGAAAGCUCCCUUCCUGCUUGUCUUGGAUGCUAAAACAUUCAAGGAAUUGGGCCGAGCCAUAGUAGAUGUAGAAAUGCAUCUGGACCUUCACGGAAUAUUUAUACCAGAGAAGGAUUUGAAGACUGAGACUGAGUAAAAUGCUGUUUAUCCUAUUACACAGACCGAGACAACCUUCUACUGAAUGUGGAAUCUUAUGACAAGAAAUUACUAAAUAUAAUCUCUUCGAUAACUAUACAUAAAUCUCCUAUAAGAGAUAGCAAUAGCUUUUACUACAAAUAAUUAUAUGCACAACUAGUACAUAACUAUUCCAAAAGAAGAAUGAUCAGUAUGAAGUGCUAAUAUUGUAUACAACUCAUGGGGCAGGGAAUAGGAGACAAAGGUAUCAAGAAAAAUUUUAUUUGAGUAGAAUAUAGCUUUCUGAGCAAAUGAAGUACUGUAUUUAUAGGGUGAUGCAUAGCAUGAGUCACAUAUAUCUGCAGGUCAUGUAACUUUCAUGGACUGUUUCAAGGCUGCAGCUCCUGAUGAAAGUUGUCUCCUGCCAGAAAACCUCACGUUAAACUGUCUGCUAUGAUACUAAUAAUUCAUGGCAAUGCAUUGAGGAUGCAUUGGCUGGCAGGGUUAGGUGCUGCUGGCAGGCAGGCAGGGGCAGGAGCCGGCUGGGGAAGGUGCUUGAUUUCUCAAACUCUACCAUAACCAAAGUAUUACAUUGAGGUGCUACAACUUUCUAAUUCAGAACCUAAAAAAACUGCUUUGCUAAUAAUUUUAUGGUGUAUUUUUCCCUUUUAUGUUGACAAAAGCAAGUAACUUCAAAUAGGAUAUAUGGUUUUAUUAGCAUUCAAUUACAGUUUAGUGCGAUUCAGACUCGAGCACUUUGUAUUUAAAUCAGUUUUCCUUCAGGAGAAUAUCUGAGAUGGCAUUUCAUGCGAUUAGAUGAUUACAUUUGUAAAAGGUAAAGAAAAUGUAGUAUUCAUUAAUAUUGCUAAUAGUCUCUGUUAAUAACAGUAUGUAUAUGAACGCGAGCAGUAUAUUUCUAACAGAACUCAGAUACAUGUGUGCAACGAAUUGGUAGGGGAAAGAAAGGCCUAGCUUAGACCUCAUCUGAACUACACAGUAGCUGAAACUACAAGCUGUUGUUGCUAUAGCUAAGCAUUUGCUUUAUUGUCUGCUUAGGAGCAUCCAUGUUCUGACAUGGGUUUAUCAUUGCCUGCAACAGAUGCUUCCUCAUAAAAGUACACAACUCUCAUUCAUAGUCACAGUUAAAAAACAUAUUUCAGUAGAGUUCAAAUGCCAAGUAUACAGCGACUGGGUUUUGUUAUAGGAAUGGCAUUUCCUAACCCCCUGAGGGUAGGUGGGGGGAUCUGAUUUGGGGCAUUGAUUUUUCUUUAAAUGAGAGCUUUUUUCCUUUGGAUUGUAUUUUCCUAUUGUAGAUACCUUUACUGUUUGGGACAUCUUUACUGAUGGAGAAAACUAGGUAUACAUCUAUCCGUUUUAGGUGUUCAUCUGGUCUGUAGGUAUCACCACACUACUCAGGUAUCUCUCACUCUUUUAUAUACGCACUUUCACAGUGUCUCUGCUGCUCACUGCGUUUUACAGGUAGAAAACAAUGAAAUCUUUGUCAUUUACUGUCUCCCCAUCACAUGAGAAUCUGGGCUUCGGUGACUUGUUCAUGUUUACAUAAGACGUUUAUGGCAGAGCAGGAAUCGAACCAACAUCAUCCACAGGUUUUGUUUGCUCUGUAACAACUAUACCUCCCUUUCUCUGCUUAAGUCUUUGCAGUUUGUAGGGAUAAAGAAUAUACAGGCUACUUUUAAUGUUAAAAAAGUCACUGUGGUCAGAUCUAGAGUUAAAAUAUGCAGGUUUGGGCAUUCAAAUCUUUAUUCCAUAAAAUGGAAAUUAACACUUCAGUAAGGUGGGUCUGCAGAAAUAGUCAUCUUUAGUGUUUUCAAGGCAUAUUAGCACUACUUUUUAAGAGAACUUGAUCUUCUAAAGAAGAAAUUGAAUUCCAUUUUGUAAGUAAUAUGGAACCAGUACUGGAAUGGAAGACUGUCUUCUGAUGUUGGCAAAAGACACCAGCUGUGGGGUUGUUUCUUUUAAUCUGAAGAAGUUUGGAUUUAACAAGUCUCCACAAAUAUUUCUGGAAUUAUAAGGUGGUAAUGAAUCAAAAAUCUAACCAUUAUUAUAGAUCUCUUUUGA